AUGUUCUUCACAGUUUUGAAGAUUCAAAGAGUAUUCGAACAAAGAGAAGGAAAAGAUGGUACUUUGAAAAGAAUUAGUGAAUUGCAUCCUUCAUACCUUGCACUUCAAUAUCCUAUUUUAUUCCCUUAUGGAGAUGAUGGUUACAGAAUUGACAUCCCUCAUCGAGGUGUCGUAGACGUAAUCAAUAAGAAACGUCCAAAUUGUACAAUGAGAGAGUUUUUUGCAUAUCGUGUGCAAGACAGAAUUAAUCAGUUUUCAUUGAUUCUAAAUUCAAGGAGACUCUUUCAACAAUUCUUGGUUGAUGCGUAUACUAUGAUUGAGAGCGAAAGGCUUAACUACAUACGACUUCAACAAAAGAAUCUAAGGUCAGAUAGCUAUGAAAGUCUAUGUGAAUUAAGAAAUAAGGGCCAGCAAGACAUAUCUAAGGUUGGAAAACGAAUCUUUUUGCCCUCUUCGUUUACCGGUGGCGCUAGAUAUAUGAUGCAAAAUUAUUUAGAUGCCAUGGCUAUCUGUAAGUGGUUUGGUUGUCCGGAUUUUUUUAUAACCAUCACGUGCAAUCCAAAGUGGCCUGAGGUAAAAAGGUUUCUUAGAGACACAAAUCUUAAACCUGAAGAUAGGCCCGAUAUACUGAGCAGAUUUUGUUACACAAUCGAGUUUCAAAAGAGAGGAUUGCCUCAUGCCCACCUAUGCUUAUUCUUAGAAAAUGAAUCCAAACUUCCAACGGUAGACCAUGUUGAUCCAUUUAUAACUGCAGAAAUCCCUGAUGAAGAUGAAGAUGCAGAAUUAUAUGCGCUUGUGAAAGACUAUAUGAUUCAUAGUCCAUGUGGUAACGCUAAUUUAAGUUGUCCAUGUAUGGUUGACAAUAAGUGUUCGAAGGGUUUUCCAAAGAAUUUUCAAGAUCAUACUACACUGGAUUCAAAUGGAUUCCCAAUAUACAAAAGAAGAGAUAAUGGUUCUUAUGCAGUAAAAAAUGGAAUCGACUUAGACAACAGAAGUGUUGUGCCAUACAACAAAAAACUUUUGAAACGCUACCAGGCACAUAUAAAUGUUGAGUGGUGCAAUCAAGACGGAUCAAUUAAAUAUUUGUUUAAAUAUAUAAACAAAGGCCCUGAUAGAGCAACCAUUGCUGUUGUCCAACAUGAUAAUAACAAUGAACAACUAGAACAAGACGAGGUCAAAGAAUAUUAUGAUUGUAGGUAUCUAUCGGCUUGGGAGGCAUCUUGGAGGAUCUUCGCCUAUGAUGUGCAUUACAGGACUCCUUCUGUUAUGAGGCUGCCUUUCCAUCUUCCCGGAAAACAACCUGUUGUUUUUGGACCCGACGAGGAUAUUAAUCAAGUCCUUAACAAACCAUCUGUCAAAGCUUCAAUGUUUCUUUCCUGGAUGGAACGUAACAAAGACCCGAAUGACACAUUGGCCCGUACACUUACAUAUGUUCAGUUUCCAAGUUGGUAUGUAUGGAAGCUUGAUAAACGUUGUUGGGAACCUAGACAAAGACAUAAGUCAAUUGGGAGAAUUCACGCUGUAAGUCCGUCUCUUGGGGAAGCAUAUUAUUUAAGAAUUCUUCUUAACAAAGUGAAAGGACCAAAAUCUUUUGAUGAUAUUAAAACAGUUGAUGGUAAGGUAUAUGAUACAUUUAGAGAUGCAUGUUAUGCACUCGGUCUUUUGGACGAUGACGCUGAAUACAUUGAGGCAAUCAAGGAAGCAAAUGAAACAGGAUCCCCUUCGUAUCUUCGUAAUUUAUUUGCUACUUUGCUAUUAACAAAUAUGUUGUCCAGACCUGAGGUUGUAUGGGAAAGCACAUGGAGAUACAUGACAGACGACUUUAUCUAUAGACUUAGAAAAUAUCAUCAACUUACAGCUUUAUCAAUUCCAGAUCAUCAGCUUAAAAACUACGUUUUGAGUGAAGUUGAAAAAUUCUUAGCCAGGAACAACUCAUCACUCAAAAGAUUUGAGACAAUGCCGUACCCAGAUAAUGCGUCUAUGUCUGAUUCAGACAAUCGUUUGAUUAACGAGGAGCGUAUCUACGACCAAACGAAUCUUCAAGUUGAAUUUAAUAAUAAACUUAAUUUGCUAACUGAGGGGCAACGAUCAAAAGGUCAAAUUGUAUUAAACGUUGCUUCAAGUGGCAUCGCGUCGUUGUUAUUGUCUGGUGGCAGGACCGCGCAUUCCAGGUUUCGUAUUCCAUUGAAUCUUACAGAGGAUUCAGUUUGUCAUAUAAAACCUGAUGGAGAUGUUGCUAGACUACUACACGAAACAAACUUGAUUAUAUGGGAUGAAGCGCCUAUGGUCCAUAAGCAUGCAUUCGAAGCGUUGGAUAGAACAAUGAACGACAUUUUCAAUAUCGACACUUCCAACAGAUCAAACAUCCGCUUUGGAGGAAAGGUUAUUGUUUUAGGAGGCGAUUUUAGACAGAUCCUUCCUGUUGUUCCAAAUGGUGGAAGACAAGAGAUUGUCAAUGCCUCAAUAAGUUCGUCUUAUCUGUGGAAUACAUGUAAGUUGCUGAGACUAACAAAAAACAUGAGGUUAACAGUUGGAAGUUCAGCAUCGGACGCUGAAGAAAUAAAACAAUUUGCCAAAUGGCUUUUGGAUAUAGGUGAGGGAAAUGUUGGUGGUCCAAAUGAUGGAGAAGCGUCAAUUGAAAUACCAAGCGACCUUCUAAUCACUGAUACAUCGGAUCCCAUUUCAACUUUAAUUGAUUUUGUGUAUCCUUCAAUUCUCGAAAACUUCAACAAUCAGAAUUAUUUCAGUGAGAGGGCUAUACUUGCACCUAAGAACGAGGUUGUGCAUGAAAUUAAUGAUCGGUUGUUGUCACUAUUCCCAGGCGAAGAACGAGAGUAUCUUAGUUCAGACAGUCUUUGUCAGUCUGAAAAUCCAAACGCUACACAACAAAAACUAUACUCUCCUGAUGUGCUUAAUAGUCUUAAAGUAUCCGGCUUACCUAAUCAUAGGCUAGCACUAAAAGUAGGCGUGCCGGUGAUGCUAUUACGUAACAUUGACCAACAAAAUGGUCUUUGCAAUGGUACACGACUACAAGUCAAAAAAAUGUAUAACCGUGUAAUAGAAGCCGAGAUAAUAUCCGGAGGGAACAUAGGCACUCGCACUUAUAUACCAAGGAUUAGUUUGAUACCUUCUGAUAAAAAAAUUCCUUUUGAGUUUCAAAGGAGACAAUUUCCGUUGGCUGUUUGUUUCGCAAUGACUAUUAACAAGAGUCAGGGACAAUCACUGUCUAGAGUUGGUCUGUAUCUGAAGCAACCAGUUUUCACCCAUGGUCAGCUGUAUGUUGCUUUAUCAAGAGUUAAAACCAGACAAGGAGUUAAACUUCUGAUUUUGGACAAUGACGGCAAACCUACUAAUAAAACGACAAAUGUAGUUUACAAAGAAGUAUUUCGUGACUUGUGA